AUGGAUUCUUUACCAAAGCAGUUUGUUUCAGCAAUGAGAACUUUAUUUGACAUAAUGGAUGAUAAGCAAACAGGAUACGUGAAGUUAACAGAUAUUGAAAAUCGAUGGCGGGAUGAUCGAACCAAGGGUCUUCCCCGUGGUGUUAUAGAAAGCCUUCAAAAAGUAGCUUCCCAUGAUGGCUUAUUAACAUUUGAAAGUUUUUGCACAGGGCUUAAAAUAUGUUUAUUGAGAAAUCAAGUUCAAAAUGCUUCAGGCAAAGUAAGCACUAUGAAUGAAGAUAUCGAAAAAUCUGGAAUAAAUUCGCAAAUUAACGUUCAAAUUCAUCGUCCUCCGUCUGCUCCAUUGAUCGACAUAGAGAGCAACCACAAUAGAGAAAGAAAUUGGAAUAUCGUAAGAAACACAGGAACCUCUACACAUAGAGCUACAAGUAUGCCUCAAUUGAUAGAAGACAAGGGCAACUCUCUACCUGAGUUACUGCAAAAUGGAAAAGUAAAUUCCAUUAAUAAACACGAAUCUCACAGAACUUACGGUCCUCCUAAACCUCCAAGAUUAGAGAAAAAUGCAAUAGACAGGAAAGAAAAAUCGAGAAACACAUAUAAAGCAGAAGAGACAGCUAUGGAAAGUGAUGAUAUAACGGAGACGAAAUUAGAUUUCGAGAAUAUAUCAAGGACAAUAGAAGGUGAAGAUCGAGGUCUUGGUGAUGGUCGCUCAGCUUCUGGAACUCACUCCAAUUUACGAAAAACAUCAAGACGACGAGAGCCCCGCCGCCAUACGCUACAUAACGGCGUUGACUAUAAUUUACUGAAAAAAAUGAAACAAAUUGAACAAGAAAAAGAUGUGUUGUUGCAAGGUUUAACAGCUGUAGAGGAAGCCAGGGAAUGGUAUUUGAAGCAAUUAACAGAAGUGCAAGAUAAAAUGCGAUACGCAGGAAGAAUGGGAGCAUAUGUGGAACCCUGGAAUGAAGCACAUCAAGAACGCUUGGAACUAUUGCGGGCUCGAAUUUUGGAAUUGAAUCGACAACUCGGCGCAUUAGCUUCAGGAUGGCGUCACGGGCCCUUGUCUCUCCAUAUGAACCUUGCCUUACCAGCUACCAUGAAUGCAAUGCCCACACCUAACAACGCAGCUGUACUUAGAUCUCAGAACAGAAUGCUUGCAGAGGAGGUGAACCGUAAAAAUGAAAGAAUAUCUGUUUUGGAAAGAGAAAAGUCUGCUCUAAUAAGAGAACUGUUAUCACAAAGAAACAGAACAAAAAUAAUGGAUAAUUUCACU